AUGAACUUUAUUGACGUAACAAAAGUCCAGCGACUUUCAAAGUACAUUCCAAGCAGUCCUACAUGCACGCCUCAUCCAAACAUCGCCUUCAUAAAGGUGCACAAGUGCGGGUCUUCCACCACACAGGCCAUCUUCAUGCGCUACGGGUUCGAACACGACCUGGUCGUCGCCCUUCCCCGUGAGGUUAUAAGUCCAUGGAUCGGCUGCGGGAGUGUCAUCCGCCCGCAACACGCCAUGAAACUCCCGCCAGGAACCAAAUGGAACAUAUUCACCCAUCAUACCAUCUACGACAAAACCAACUUCGAGCGUUUCAUGCCUAAAAACACACGUUUUGUAGCGAUACUUAGACACCCCAUGAGUAGAAUCAAGUCCGCUUUCAAUUAUUUUCACUUGGAGAAGAACUUACCCGGAAUGGCCGCUAGGGGGCGGUUGUUAGAACUUCCGAUUCAGACAUACCUGAAGAACCCGGCUUACUGGGACGCCGUGUUUGUGAAGCCUGAUAAAUGUAUUCCUGACGAGUGCGUGAAAAACUGCAUGGCGAAAGAUCUCGGACUACAGCAAGACAUCGAUAACAAUCAACGGGCGGUCACAAAAUUCAUCAAAGGCAUUGAAAGAGAUUUUACACUUGUCAUGAUCAUGGAGUACUUCGAUCAUUCUCUGGUCAUGUUAAAACGUCGCCUGUGUUGGACACUGAGAGACAUCCUAUACAACAGUCGCCAGUACAAGUCGAAGAACUACAACUACAAAAGUUCGAAUUCAACCAUCAUCACCAAAGAAAUGGAGGACAACUACCGACUGUCUAGCGCGGUAGACCACGCCCUCUAUGCUUACUUCAACCAAUCGCUGUGGAGUAAGAUUCAGGAGGAAGGUAGUGAAGAUUUCCUCGGAGAGGUCCGACAUUUUCAGACGAUUCUUGUCAGCGUUUGGCGGUUCUGUGCAGUGAGGAAUCAAACCGCUAGGCUUCGCAUGAAGGCGUCGCCUUGGAACGACGAAUUUGUGGUGGAUCGCCGUCUCUGUUCAAAUCUACGUAAACAAAGAUGGCAGUGGGACCUGGAUAUCAGAGACAAACUGGACCAACAAUUCUAUCAAAAGGCUUCAGGAAAGAAAGAUCAAGUUAACGGACUUUGGUAAUAUUUAUUUUCAAGUAUAAACUUGUAGGAUCACUAACUUGAUACACAAAAUGAACAAGAUGAUUAUUAUUAUCAUUGACAAUGUUGAUUCGUAAGAUCUUCAUCAGGAUAAAACGACAAACGUUCGAAUUAAAUCUGAAUAAGAAAA